AUGUCGGAUAUCCCAUCAGAUUCCUCAGAUCCACCUCCAUCCUAUCUGCCAACUAGGGCAAAGGUCAAGUUUGAACUUAAAUGGAUCAGCGAGCUUAUUUCCAACCGAGUUUCAACGCCUUCUCUCCGCUUCAUAUGUGAUUUCGAACGGGAUGAAACCAAUGCCUUUUAUUAUGUGAUCUACUUCCAAGUCGACGGCAGCUAUUUGAAUUUUGGUUACGAUCUGGUGGUCUACGACACCGCGAAAGCGUACGUGACGGAGGAAACUCUCGUGUCAGCAUUCGGUUUUACAGCCGGAAUAACAGUAUCAUGCAGUGUUGGAGUAAGGUCCUCUCGAAAUGGACGGACGGGGUAUCUUGUCAGCAGUGAGGGUUUUUAUGCCGGAAUAAAGAUGCUGAAUCACUCAGUGACCGUUGAACGUGGUAAAAGCGGUUCUGUGUACUUCGAACAGACCAUUCCCUUUGGUUGUAUGUAUUACCCGUCGUUGGUGCAGAGUAUUUGCACACUCAAUCUCCAUAUAACGAGGAUGUCAACAGAAAAUACGUGCUCGAGCAAUACCAUCCACCACCGUGGCCAAUGUGCCUUAGAAUUACCAGGUUUGACGAAGUCGACAGGUGUUAGCAGUGAUACCUGGACUUCACAGAUACACGACUUUAAAAUGGUAUCUAUCGAAAGUGAGCGAAGCUACUACAGAUUGUCAAAUCACCAGUUUUUAUUCAACUUGGAAACAUCGAGUUCUCAUCAUCAGUUCUGGAGAAAUUCGCAAUCGGAUAAACUUCUCGAGGUGCUCGUGUCUGAAGGGGAAGAAACGCGCAAUUGGCAGGGAAGAAAGUGUCAGGUGUACUGUGAUCCGCAUAUGUUGUCGUUUGAUGGCAUGAAUUAUGAAUUGCAAUACAAAGGGAAAUUCAUGCUGUUCAAAAGUGAAAGCCCACCAAUGCAGAUAUAUUUGCCAACUGGCGCCGUCGUGUCAGUUCGGCACCGGAGCAAUGGCCUCCUCGAUAUAGAUAUAACACCUACAGUUCAUGAGUUCAAGAGGAACAUCUCUGGUCUCUGUGGUGACUUUAACGGAACCGUAGAGAAUGACUGUGUCAGUAAAAAUGGAAACAUGCCGUGUGAUGAACCAUUUCAAGGUCAAAGGGGAUAUAGAUACCAUCCGAACAGUUUCACAGAGUCUUAUAAGCAGUAUGGUAAAUGUAAUAAUAACAGGAAAGAAGUGAGAUGUACUGCCAUGCAACGAAGAUUAAUCAGGAAAAAACGGCAAGUUGAAAGCACCGACGACAUGCAAGGUCAUAGCAUCACGAAGCGGUCAACAGUAAUAGAUGAAACUGAAGCUAUCCGGUUGUGUACGGAAGCGCUGAAAACUGUGACAAAUGAAGCCUGUUCUGAUAUCGGGGUCAAUGCCACCGGCAUUGAGAUAAACAAUUGUGCUGCUGAUCUCAUGCUCACUGGAGACGGUAACUGGACUAAGUAUGCAGUAGAUAGAAGUGAAGCCAUUUGUCUUGAAACCAUAGAAAAGAAUACAACUUUGCAAGAGGAAUAUCCAGAAAUAAGCAAUAUUAUCAGAAACAAUACCUGUCCAUUGAACUGUUCGGAACGUGGAUCCUGCACAAACGGGAAAUGCGAAUGUGAGGAGGGUUUCGCCUCAGAGGAUUGCUCGUUUGACCUAAACACGCCUCUACAAAUAUAUGGCCUGGACAAUGACGGACUUUGUGAUAUCGACGAAGGCUGUGGUUUCGUAGUUGUAGAGGGAUUAGAAUUUCCUUCUGAUAGAAACUACACUUGCCAAUUCAGUGGUCGUAUGACAAUGGUGGGAGAGAUAUACCAGACACUGGAGGUGUUUAAUGUAUCAGCGGAUCAUCAGAGCAUUUUCGAGAUUAUAUGUGACAUUCCGGAUAUAGACGUUCCGGUAAACAGACUUGGGAUAGAGUACAAUGUAUCUGUGGCUAUGGAUGGAUUUGAAUUUGGAGACGCAAUCAACUUCGUCGUGAUUAAUACGAUUUGCCAGAAUUACAAUAAUAUUUCUGGAAACAUUAGCUUUUAUAUACAGAACGGAUUUUGUUUCAUUAACGGAACCUGUUAUCCUGAAGGAGCCUACAAGGAGAAUGCUUUGUGUUUAGAAUGUAAACCUAACGAGAACGUGUACACGUGGUCAAAGUCGUCCAGUGAAGAUUGUGUUGUAAGUGACAAAGAUACUCUGGAUUCCAACACGAACUUCAUGGUCGUUGUCGUCUCUGCAGCCGGCGGAUUUCUCUUCGUUUGUCUUCUUAUUUUCGUUAUGUGUUGUAUUUACAAAAAGAAGAACAAAAGCCGUCAGGAGUUAAGCGAUAUCACGAUUAGCGAAUCGGUACACGGUAAGGAAGAAUUGCCUUCUCUAGCUUGGUUAAAUGAAGAUAUGUUGAUUAGCAAUAUCCUGACAAAAGCAAAAAAUAAAGCAAGCCUACCAAAAAAGAACAAGAGGACAAAAAAUCCAGAUAUUCGAAAUCCAAAACACGACAGCCAUGUUACCGAGGAUCACAGUACAUCUUAUAUCUCUAAUGCAUCUUUAAAAAGCACGGAAGGCUGCGACAAAGAACGAAAGAAGGAAAUCAGCAUCCAAGUGAAACAAGCCAGCUCGAACGGCGUUUUCACUGAUACAGAUGAAAGGAUAUCAUCCGUUGCUACUCCUAAUGAGGAAGACUCUAGAGACAGGAUCCUAUCGAGAGUAGAAAAAGAAACAGGCAGAACAAACUCGAACCAAAGAACGCAAAUUAAAACCGACGUUGGUUCCACCGAUUUACGCAGCAGAGAGAGGGAACCGGCAUUACUAGAAUCAAUGCUACAAUCAAUCACUUCAGAGGGCACGGGGAAACGAAAAAAGAAGAAACGAAAGAGAGACCGUAGAAAGGUACAACCUGAAUCCAUGAUUAGUGAGUUCGCAAUCGUCACUGAAGAUGAGAAUGACAGACGAGCCCAGAAAAAGUCGAAGAAGAGAAAAAAAGAACGGAGGAAAGAAAUAAGUCAUCCGUUGAGGCACGCCGACCCGCUUAGCGAUUUCUGCGGUGAUGAGGAAGAAGGAGUCCCAUCUGUAGCGGUCCAAAUCGAUGAAGUGUCAAGAAGUAGAAUCGAAAUGAAAACAGAACAUGGCACAGCAAGAACUAACUCGGUCCAGAAUACGAAAAUCCUAGAAAUAGACUUCAAUGAUGGCAUGACUAUGGUGAGCGAUUUCUGUGAUGAGGAUGAAGGAGUCCCAUCUGUAGCUGUCCCGAUCGAUGAAGUGUCAAGAAGUAGAAUUGAAAUGAAAACAGAACAUGGCACAGCAAGAACUUACUCCGUCCAGAAUACGAAAAUCCUAGAACUAGACUUCAAUGAUGGCAUGAAUAUCGCGAAAACGUUGAUAACCGAUGUUAAUUCCAACGAUUUACAGAGAAGAGGAGACACCAAGGAGAGGGAGCCGGCACUUAGUGAAUCAAUGAUGCAAUCAAACACUUCAAAGGCCACGGGGAAACGAAAGACGAAGAAACGAAGAGAUCGUAAGAAAAAAGCCCCCGAAUCCCCAAUAGGAGCGGCAGAUUUCGUGACUGAACAACACAAUGACAGAAGGUGUAAGAAAAAAUCAAAGAAGAUCAAGAAAGAACAAAGGAAGGAACAAAAGCGUAAGUCGAAGCACGCAAACUCGGUCGGUUUUUGCUCUAACGAAGAUAAAGGAGUCCCGUGUGAGGAAGCCCCCGAAGAAGAAUUUUCCAGAAAUAAAAUCGAAAUGGAAGCAGAAAACGAAGAAGCCAGAAAAAGAUCGAAUCAGAAAAUACAAAUUAUCGAUAGCCAAAGCACCGAUCCGGACUCUAAAGAUGACCUAUAUAAAGCAUACCUCCCGAUGACAAAUGUUGCUACUAACAAUUCACUCAGCAGAGAAGACACCAGGGAGAGGGAACCGACACUGUUGGAAUCAAUACUACGAUUAAACCCUCCAAAGGGUACGGGGAAACGAAAGACGAAGAAAAGAAGGAAAAAGCGAAAAAAUGUACAUCCUAUAUUCUUAUAAGAAGAUCACAAUUGGGCAAUGUAAAAAGGAAAAAUAAAUCAUAGAAUAGAUGAAAAAUAAACAAUAUAGCUAACAAGAAAAAAACAUAAGAACAAAAGCGAAGACCAAAAGUCAAUAGCUUGAUAAGCCAAUUGUCUAUCAACAUCCCGAAAGUGCAUUAUGCAUUUUGAAGAUUACGAGAAAGGCCCUGUCAAAAACAAGUUGUUGUUUAAUCCAAAUAACGCCAAUGUAUAUCAGCUGUGACUUUUGCCAUUCUUGGGAUUCAUCAUCAUGUUUCAGUGUGCUACAUUGAACGACAGUAUAGUUAUGUUUUGUUUUGUUUAAAAUAAUAUUACACUGUUUCAUUUAGAUGAAAAUAUAUUAUCGUGAGUAAUUUUUUUUAUUGGAUCACGAUUCUUUAAGGGGUAAAACGUGUUAGUAUGUUGACGAUAUAGACUAACACAUUGGUUGCGAUGGUUGACAGCUGGUGUCUACCCUGGAUAAAAUUUAAAUUAUCACUUGGAAGGAAAUCUUACUUAAAGGGCCGCUUUAUGUUUUUGUAUCAUAUAUGUGCAUUAAAUGAUAACAAAAACCGUAGUUUUUAUAUAUAUGUAAUUGUAAUCAAAACCGGGAAACAAACCUCCGAUUACGGAGAAAUGAGUAUAGCAUAGUAUACACUGCUUGUUACAACAAUGCCAAUAAAUGAAACAGAUAAUAACAAUCUAGUAAAUAUGAUCGUUUAUUAGAACAAAUAACAAAUAGCAGAGGCAAAUAGAAUUUCUUUGAACAAUUUAUUCACUAAAAACAAGAAAAGCUCAAACAUUAUUAUUAGUAUUACAUGUAAUGGCGUAUAUUAUCUACCUUUUGAUAUUGUUUAAAAAUAUAUAACAGCUUAUUUUUGUCUUCAUUUGAUCAUAAUUACCUUUUGUGGACCCGAUUUAUUAUGGCAUUGAUGACAUUUAUUUUCACAAUAUUUUGAUGUAUCGAGUAUUCAAAUCGUUUAUUUUUUAUGAAACGUUUCUAAGAAGAAUGUAUUUCUGAUGUAUUGCAGUUGUGCAGUGUGUUACGAGUUUGGUAUUGCUGAUGAUAUGUAUCUAAUUAUAUUUAUACAAAUUAUAUGAAUGCUUAUUAUAAUUAAUAUUUUUCACGGUAUCAACUCAUUAAUCGUAACACUUGCGUAUUUAUGCGGUACAAUAUCCUGUAAAGUUAAUUAUAAAAAGGCAAAUUAAGAUUGAUUAUUUCAAUGAGGAAAGAUCGAAUGGGAUAUUUUUUUCUUUUUUUUUCUUUUAAUGGAAGCUACCUAUAUCUAUCUCCAAAUAUUAAGUUAGUUAUGGGUUUACAUCGUUAUGUAUAUAGAUCUGGUUUAUUACACUGAAACUAUUACAUUAUCGAGAAAUCUAAGAUUUAUGAUAUUAGGACAGACAUCAUUAUUUCAUUACACAGGCUGUCAAUAUACUGUUGUGAAGAUUUUUUACAUUAUAUAUGAUUAGCUAUACAAUUUUUUUUAAAUGUUCAGUUAUAGAAGUUGCGACAUAAGUGCUGUAAAUGAUUUGUUAUCGUUAUAAUGGACAUAUGAUAUUUCGUAAUUUACCGUAAUAGAAUUCACCAUGCUAUCUUUUAGCUAUUGAUUUUUAUGCACUCUAUGUAACCUUUAUUCAAGACAGGUGAUGGUAUUUUGGGGGUUUGUCGUUUUCUCAACGAUGGCACUUUUGUUUUCCCUCGUUGGUUUUUCAUCCAAGUUUCAAAACAUCCUUAGUGGUAUUGUAAUUUAUGUGCCAUAGAACUUAGGAUAAUGUUUGAACCAUGCACAUGAUAUUCAUAAAGAUUGUUUACAUUUUUUCUUCUUAAAUAUAUAAUAUGUAAAUAAUAUAUAGGUAUAUCACAUGUCAUUAUCAAUGUGAAUGAAGCAUUUUACAAUAUAUCGAAUUAGGACUGCUAACCGAAUAUAGUUGCCGCUUCCUCGUAAAUCGAUAAUAAUUAUGGCGUUUGUUAGUACAAGAUCUUCUGAUUGCUAAUUCGUAUUGUUUUAUCUGUUUGGUUGAUAUUUGGGACUUAAUAAUAUCCAAAUGUUUGAAAAUGUACAUGCAAAGAUUUAUUUUACAUAACAAAAUUGGUUUUGUCCAUUUCUUUAUUUUUUAUGACUUUAUGCAAUUAAUAGUUCUUUGAUUUGUACUGAUAGCCAUUCUUUUGAAUAACGACCAGAUGUGAAAAUUGCGAUGUUUCAGAGAAAAUCAGUUGUCUUAACAUAAAAAAAUCAUUUUUACUAUUUACUAAAGGAUGCUAGACUGUGUUUAACAUUUAACAUAUUUUGAUUGAUUAAUAAUUGCAGUUGUUUUGUAAAUGUAUGCUUUAAAUUAUCAGUGGUGUGUGCCUUCAUGAAAAUAAAAUGUGU